ACACCUAGUGUGGGAGGGAGGGGGAAGCUCUCGCUGCUGCAAAGGCUCCCACAACACCAGAGGACAAAACAACUUAAUUCCUAGAGGGAGGAGGCAGGGCUGGCAGCUCUCAGCACCCAAGGGUUCCAGCAGCCUCGUGACCCUUUCCAGGCCAGAUCCUUGAACCCUUUCCUGAAGCAUCACAGUAGAGAUUCCACUUCCAGAUGGCUCAGCAACGUGCCUGAUAAGGGCUGCCAAGAUAAAGAUUUAUUUUGAGGUAGCAGAAUGCAACUUCCCCACCUGAGUUGCUGUUAAUCCUUGACACAUCUUGCACAAAAAGCUGUUUGCUUACUCUGACCGCACAGACCUGCUAUGUGUGUGGGCAGGGAAGGCUGUGUUGGAGUACCAGGGAGAUCUCCUGCCUACUUGGCCAGCUCGAGCCUGCCAGCAGAUCUGCUCACUGGCUGCAAACUGCUCUCUGUGGCUUAAAUGGACAUCAAAGCACUUCUCUCUGCUGGAACGGACGUCCCCGACUGGUCUGAUCCUUGGUGAACUAACUUCAAUGAAAGAAAAAAGAAGAGCUGUCCUCUGCUUUCUGUGAUUUGGUUCCUUUAAUUUAUGGCUUGCUCCCACACAGAAAAGCUAAAUUUUCAUGCUGACAUUGCUGCCCUCUAAAUCUUCUGGAAGGUGGAAGGACAAGGAUCUGUCUUCGCUGAAGCCUCAGUGGGAGAGACUUGCCAGCACUGUGAAAAGGGGAAGGGAAAUACCCAACUUUGCCUUUUUUCAGCCUGUCUGGGGAAAACCAAGCUUCCCCCCCCCCCCCCCCCCCCCUGGACGGAGGUACUGGUAGGUCCAUCCUGAGCCCCGGGCGGUGACUGGCCGUGUCACCAGUGCCCCGUCCCUUUUGCCUUAGCUUCGGCCCACCUCGUGCUCCACCAGUGCACAGGGAUGGGCACUGUAAGGAAGAGGAACGUGAAGGUGUUCACGUUGGCCUUUGUGCUCAUCACCGUAACGUCGUUUCUGCUGAACUACAAGCACCAGGUGACCACAAACACCUGGGAUCCUAAACAUAUCAUCACACAGUUUUCCGAGCAAGUCCGGAAACUCAUCAAGUACCCCAGGAGGCCGUGCAGUUGUAACACCUGCAUUUCAGAGCUGGGACAUUCCCUCUGGUUCGACCAGAGGUUUAAUUCAACUAUGCAACCUUUCCUGACCUCACAAAAUGCCUUGAUCCCAGAAGACAGCUACAGGUGGUGGCUGAAACUGCAAGGAGAGAAAUCUCCAAAGAAUAUUAAUGACACUCUCAAGGAACUGUUUGGGAUCAUUCCUGCGGAUGGGGACCCGCUGCAGGAGCGAGGUACUUUAACGUGCAGACGGUGUGCUGUCGUGGGCAACUCGGGGAACCUUCGGCAGUCUCAGUAUGGCCAAGAGAUUGACUCCCAUGACUUUGUGCUCAGAAUGAACCGUGCCCCUACCAUUGGCUACGAGUCAGAUGUCGGGAGCAAGACCACUCACCACUUUGUUUACCCUGAGAGCUACAAAGAGCUGGCAGAAAACGUGAGCAUGAUCCUGAUCCCCUUCAAAACCCUGGACCUGCGCUGGAUUGUCACCGCUCUCACCACAGGCACUAUCAACUUUACAUAUGUGCCAGUUCCGCGGAAAAUCAAAGUCAAAAAAGAAAAGAUCCUGGUUUACAAUCCAUCUUUUAUCAAAUACGUCUACGAAAACUGGCUCCAGAAUCAUGGGAGAUACCCCUCCACAGGCCUUCUUUCUGUAAUAUUUGCACUCCACGUAUGUGAUGAGGUGAAUGUGUAUGGUUUUGGAGCAGACAGCAAAGGACACUGGCAUCACUACUGGGAAAACAACGCUUUAGCUGGGGCUUUCCGGCAGACAGGUGUCCAUGAUGGGGAUUUUGAGUUCAAUAUAACUUUGACUCUUGCCUCCAUUGAAAAAAUAAAAUUUUUCAAGGGCAGAUGACCCUGGCCACAGGGACACGUAGGGGCUGCAAUUUCCAACAUGCAGCAGAACAAAGCUCAGUGAAGAUGAUCUGGAUGCCAGCUGGGUUUGAAAGCGUGAAUCUGUGGUGGAUUCGGAGCGUCUCGCUGCUGCAAUGCUGACUGCAGGGAGCUCGGCCAAGGACCAGCUUCCAGGCUGCACUUGAUUUCCUAUCUACAGAUAGCUGGGAACUACAAAUCAGUUGUGGGAAUAGAUGACAUGCUGAAUCACUGCUUAGGCUCUACGACUUGGUUCCCGAAUUACUGAUGAAAGACCUGCCUGUUGCAAUUAGGAGAAACUUGGGCACAGGCACUGCUGUUUGUGUGUCCAUUCUUUCCUUGAGAAAAGCAGGAAAUCCUUGAAGAACAGUCAAAACAUCUGGGGUUUUACACCCACUAGGGUAGCUCUGAACAUCACAGUAAGGAUUACCUCAAAGAAAUGAAUUCACUUCUGCUGUUAGUCUUCUUUUUGAAUCGUCUCUUCAGUUUCCUCUGUUACUUCUGGUUUCAUGCCCUAUCAAGCAAAAAUGAGAUAAAGUUGCCUGGAGUAGUAACUAUUUCUACCAUUGCCUCAUUCUGCAUUGAUGGCAUCCAGAAAAUGUGGAUCAAAUCACCUGUGAUCAUGUAUUGUUUGUUAUUGCUUCCUACACAGCCAUAAUAAGAGAAAAAAAAAAUACUGAAAACUCCAGAAAAAAAAAAAAAAAAAAAAGGCCUUUUUAGUCACUUCUUGUCUUGUUUGGUUACAUAUAGCUUUUUAUUUUUCAAAUUACAAUAGUCAAAAUUACUCCAGAAUGCUUAUUUUUAUUUUUAAGUUUAAGGUUGGAAAGUGGACUAUUUUUUCUUUCAGUCGUUUACAUGUGCCUUUUAUAGUUGUGCAACAGAUGUGAUUUUUUUAAAGGUGACAAAUCCUAAACUAUUUUAUUUUUAUUUUUUUUAUAAGGGGGAGUGGGGGAUUAACCAAAGUGUAGCCUCCAUAUGGUAUACUUUUGUAGUCAAAACUAAGAAUAACAGCUCCUAUAUUGUAUUUGAGCAAACACAAACAAGGCUAAUUUUUGAAGGUAGUUUUUACCUUUUUUAUGGGAAAAUAUCCAAAUGUUCCAAGGAAACUUUUCCUCUUAUUUUUUUUAUGAAUUUAGAAAGUGUUAUCUCUUUACAAUGUCGCUAUUUGAAAUGGAAGAAAUAUCAUGGGUUGAAAUAUAAGAUAGUGAUGCAAUAGUGAUGAAUCUUUUGCACAGUAGCAGCAUCUAUGAAGACACAAUCUUCUCAAGCUUAUCCUACAGUGUAAGCCUUUAAGCUGUGCACAGCUCUGGAAGAAUGAGUGUUUUAUUGUCAGUACUUCAGGGCAGUGAGAGGAGGGAAGUGACAGUGGAGAUUUUACAUCCACAGAUUUUGCUGGAAUCAAUGUAUUUAAUCCUCGAGGGGAGAGAAAUUAUGAAAUGAAGAACAAAGUUCAGGUAGUGGAAAGUGGGAAACAGUGGUUUUUGCUUCCCAAUAUUGUGAAAAUAGUAUUCAUGGAUUAUUGACCAAUUUUCAGCUCUGGUGAAGCCAGAGUUCUUGCCACAGACUUCAAUGGACUUUAGAUCAGGCCUGG